UCCCUCGCCCGUUCGUAGAUUUGACGGGCAUCNCUUGGAUUUGGCGAGGAGGUUCUGGCACUCUGACGAUAUUUCUCGUGCGUCGGGANCAGAGGGUCUCGGUGUGAGAAACCCCACGUUCCGUGCAGCGCGUACCCGGAUGCACAGGACUGACCACACCNGGAGUUCCAAGCUGUACCAGUUCAUGGGAGCGGAGGUCCAGGAGGAGAGCUCGGGCGGAGCUUUGGAGAAGGGGAGAUGCCUCUGGGCUCCUCGCAAGGAAAGGAGCGACAAGAUGGACGAACGUGUCUUGGAUUUGGCGAGGAGGUUCUGGCACUCUGACGAUAUUUCUCGUGCGUCGGGAGACUCCGGCGUCGUGCUACUGCUCGAAGUGUAGUGUUGGAGCUUGCGACGACUGCGUCCCGGCCAAAUAGUACGCGGGGAUGGUGGGUAUGGUGAAAGAUGUGGCGGGCAAGCACAAGGUUACUCGGGCGUCUUGUGGUGUAGGGAAUUGAGGGGUGUCCGUGGUGCACGUCAUGUGCUCGUGUUUGGCGCCUUGUUCUCUUCCAUGUUUUUUUGUUUUUUUGGGUA